AUGCUCACUGGCCAGCAGAGACACCAAACGAAUAUGCCAAAGCAGGCAGCGUCUCCCCCGGCACCCUGGUGUCCUGGAACCUGUUAUCUUGUAGGAAAUGGACAGGUCACAACCCCAAACCGAAAGCAGAGGACAGAUGGUCUGCGUGGGGUUAGGAAGUCCUGGAGAGGACUGAUAACUAAAGAUGCUGCCUCUUCCUGUCGGCGCACAUCCACCUAUUUAUUUCGAGCAUGUUUUGGAGGUGACUGGUUCCGGGUGGCCAUCGGGGUCCCCUCGCCCUCCGUGCGGUCGCUCGGCUCCACGGCCCUGCAACGCUACUACCGGGCCAGCGAUCUGGAAAAGGGACCCGGCGAGUCGCAGUUCGGCAUGCGGAGGUGUCGAAGCGGCGAGCUUCUUGACCACGAUGACAGCGCGGCGGCCGUCCUCGACCACAAUGACUUUGUUCAAUUAGUGUUGGCAGAUGAAGAUGACAAGAUGAGCGCUUCUCUGUUGGCCACAACAGUGCACCCCUACCAGGAGCCUACUAAGUUGAUCUCUCUGGACGGCAACAGUCUGACCACGGCAGAUCUGGUGGCUUUGGGGCAGGGCUUGUACAAAAUAAAGUUAACCCCAGAGGCAGUCGACAGAGUUAAUAAAUCCAGAGCAGUGAUUGAAGGCUUUACAACGGAAGGCAAAGUUGUGUAUGGAGUCAACACUGGUUUUGGGAAAUUUGCGCACACACGCAUACCAGCUGAACAACUAGUGCAACUGCAAGAGAAUCUUGUUCGCUCGCACAGUGCCGGUGUGGGCCCCCCGUUGAGCGUGGAGAGGACACGUAUGCUGCUGGCGCAGAGAAUCAACGUACUGGCCAAAGGCUACAGUGGCAUCUCCAUGGAAACCCUUGAUGCCAUGAUCAAGGCCUUCAAUGCAUCUUGCCUGUCCUGGGUCCCGGAGAAGGGCACGUUGGGGGCGAGCGGCGACUUGGCCCCCCUGGCCCACCUCGCCCUGGGCCUGAUGGGGGAGGGCAGAAUGUGGUCGCCACAGAGCGGCUGGGCCGACGCCAAGGCGGUACUAAAAGGAAAUGGUCUCAAACCUCUCGUGCUCAAGCCAAAAGAGGGCAUAGCUGUGAUCAAUGGCACUCAGCUGAUCUCAUCACUGGGGGCAGAGGCUGUGGAGCGAGCGUUGGGCGCGGCCAGACAAGCCGAUGUCGUCGCCGCCUUAAGUUUGGAGGCCCUGAGAGGAAGCGCCAGACCCUUCCACCACGCUAUCCAUGCGGUGAGACCACAUCCUGGACAGAUAGAAGUGGCCGAGAGAAUCUGCGCUCUUUUGGAUUCUCCCAUUUUCCCCUCACAGAUUUCAGAAAGUCACAGAUCCUGCAAUCGUGUCCAGGAUGCCUACACACUGCGCUGCAUCCCGCAGGUUCAUGGAAUUGUGAAUGACACCAUCAAGUUUGUGCAGAUGAUCAUUACAACUGAGAUGAACAGCGCCACUGACAACCCUCUGGUGUUUGCGGAGAGCGGAGAGACCUUAUCUUGUGGGAAUUUCCACGGAGAGUAUCCUGCGAAGGCGCUGGACUACCUGGCCAUAGGCGUGCACGAGCUGGCCAGUUUAAGCGAGAGGAGGAUCGAGAGGCUGGUGAACCCGGCCCUCAGCGAGCUGCCGGCCUUCCUGGUCAAAGACGGAGGCUUGAACUCGGGCUUCAUGAUCGCACACUGCACUGCCGCCGCUUUGGUGUCCGAGUCCAAGGCUCUAUGCCACCCGUCCUCCGUUGACUCCCUGUCCACCAGUGCCGCCACGGAGGACCACGUGUCCAUGGGCGGCUGGGCUGCCCGCAAAGCUCUCAGAGUCGUGGAGCAUGUGGAGCAAGUGCUGGCCAUCGAGCUGCUGGCUGCCUGUCAGGCUCUGGAGUUUCUGCGUCCCCUCAAGACCACCGCUCCUCUACAGAGGGUCUACCAACUUGUACGCUCUGUAGUCAGUGCCUGGGAUAAAGACCGCAUCAUGAGCCCUGAUAUAGAGGCUGCGCACACGCUCCUCAGACAGCAAAAGGUGUGGGCUGAGAUUCAACCAUACAUGGACGAGUACAGGAACAAGAUGCAGGCGUGAGACACGAGGGGGAAAUUACAACUUCAGUUUUAUUGGCCAUUUUUAUGCUAUAAAUAAAAAUACUGUAAAGUUUA